CGCUCUGUCACAAGCAACUCUUCAUUUUCGCCACCUCCUCUGGGAAAGCCCGCACAGGGAUUCGCCCGGGCAGAGGCUCGCUCUAAACCGUCCGCGCUCUUUAGGACCUCAGGGAAACCAGAGCGUUUCUGGCUUUAGGACCCAGGAACUCCGAGGCAGCCUGGACUUAGAUGCCUUGGACCACAGCACCACCUACUUAUAGAAGCAUCCCGAGCCUCAGCCCUUCUGCAUCUCCAUCGGAAAGUGCGCUCGCCACAUCUCUGUCUCCCACAGCUUGGAAACGACGAAGGCUUGGCUGUGAAGGGGCCGUGGAGAGAGCCCGGGAAGCUGCGCAAUUGGACAGGGACGCAGUGGGAAGCGAGAGCGGGCGCACCCGUUGCCCAGGGGUAGCACUUGCGAGCGGGACGCAGCAUCCCAGUGGCCGCGUACGUGCCUGUCCAGGGCAGCUCAUACCGGGCGCCGCCCGCCCAGACGACCCUCGGCGCACGCCAGCCCUGCGGCGGCCGCUGGGACCCGGUAGCUGCCAGGCGCUCCCGGUGGCUCGCCGCAAACUUUCCCCUGGCCCACGUGCUAACGAAGCGGCCGGCUUCCCGACCUGGGAUGGAGCGCCGUGCCUAGGCACGCCGCGCCCUCCGAGACCGACGUGCGCACGGUUCACGGCGGAGAGAUGCUGCUCGCGCCGAACUGACGCGUGCGGCCCCGGGCUAGCGGCGACUCGCCCUCCGAGUCCUCCCCAGCAGCGCGCCGGCGCCGGCUUCUUGGAUGAGCCCUCCAGUUCCCCGACUCUGAGAGGCGCCUCUCCCCAGUCAACCGUCCAGAUGCAGUUUCGCCUCUUCUCCUUUGCGCUCAUCAUUCUGAACUGUAUGGAUUACAGCCACUGCCAAGGCAACCGAUGGAGACGCAAUAAGCGAGCUAGUUAUGUAUCAAAUCCUAUUUGCAAAGGUUGCUUGUCUUGUUCUAAGGACAAUGGGUGUAGCCGAUGUCAACAGAAACUGUUCUUCUUCCUUCGAAGAGAAGGGAUGCGCCAAUAUGGAGAGUGCCUGCAUUCCUGCCCAUCAGGGUACUACGGACACCGAGCCCCAGAUAUGAACAGAUGUGCAAGAUGCAGAAUAGAAAACUGUGAUUCUUGCUUUAGCAAAGACUUUUGUACCAAGUGCAAAGUAGGCUUCUAUUUGCAUAGAGGCCGCUGCUUUGAUGAAUGUCCAGAUGGUUUUGCACCAUUAGAUGAAACCAUGGAGUGCGUGGGAUGUGAAGUUGGUCAUUGGAGUGAAUGGGGAACUUGUAGCAGAAAUAAUCGCACAUGUGGAUUUAAAUGGGGCCUGGAAACCAGAACACGGCAAAUUGUUAAAAAGCCUGCAAAGGACACAAUACCCUGUCCAACCAUUGCUGAAUCCCGGAGAUGUAAGAUGGCCAUGAGGCACUGUCCAGGAGGGAAGAGAACACCCAAAGCAAAGGAGAAGAGGAACAAGAAGAAGAAGAGGAAGCUGAUUGAAAGGGCCCAGGAGCAACACAGUGUCUUCCUCGCCACAGACAGAGCUAGUCAGUAAGGGACAAGGCCCGGAUGGUGGAUUUGGGUUUCUGUGGGUUUUGUUUUUUGUUUUUGUUUGUUUUUUUUGUUUUUUUUUUUUGCAAAGGUGCACAAAGCUACUCUCCACUCCUGCACACUGGUACACAGCCUGCCUCCGUGCUGCUGUGACCGGUGCCUGUUCCCAGUAACAUUGUGAAAGGAAGAGCCACGGGUGUGGUGUCCGAGUUAUUUAUGCUUUGACCUGAACCUGGAGACUGUUGAUGCGGGAGCUUGUUAGCCUGACUCAGUGGAAGCAGGCACGUGAUGGGCUCGCUGUGUGCUGAGAGACUCUCCCUGGCUCCACGGGUGCUUGCGAGGUGUGAGGCUGCCAGCCACCACCGGAGAAGGGACUUGUGCCUAUUUAUGUGAAGGAUGCUCGGCAGGCGAAGCAUGGUUCACCUUGAUCUCUGCUUCUCCCAUCAUGCAUUUUCAAGGAUAAGUGUAUGUGGCUAUCUGCUUAGUGUUACCCCACGGUGUCCCAGCGUCUGUGACCUUCAGACUGUUGAGUGAUGAAACUGCUUUUAGCUGGGGAUGUGCUACGGAAAUGCCUGCUCAGUUUCACAGCAGCUCUAAUAUGUACGUAUUCUGCUGGGGCUACAUAUAAAGCUCUUAUUUACUGUAUAUUUAUGCUUCCCUGUAUGUAACAAGUCAGACCUGAUUAAUAUGAUGUCACUUUGUUUCUAGUGGUUCCUAACCAUUGCCUGGUAAAUAACUGUUCUAGGUUUGCAAAUGGAAAAGUGUCUUGUUGCCUCUUGAAACUUUUUUUUUGGGGGGGCGGGGGUGGGUGGGCUUAUUUCUAAGACUAGGAUAAGCUAGUUUGUACAUAGUCAGUGCCCAGUGUCAAAGCUUAUGGACAGACCUUCCCCACUCCAUGUGUCACCCACACCAAUAAAGCAGCAUGUGGCAACUGGCCCUCAGAAGCGACAGUUCCCUUUGAGGUGAAGAAGUGCUGAGUCUACGAAACACGACUGAAACUGGAGGAAUUGCGUGCAGUUACUUGAAGGUACCCAUGAGGCCCUUUCGUGGGCCAGCUAGAGAAUUGUUCAAAUUUUUAUUUGACUUUAAAAAAUGUAUAACAUUCCCCAAGUCUCAGUGAUAGGACAUCUACCAGUAUUCUUGAGUCCCUGAAGUUGGCUUCAUUAAACUAUGCAUGGAAUUUGGCCACAAACCAGGAUGAAUUCCUAAAACUGCUGGUCAGUUCUUAACAGAAUCUCCUUCCUAUCCGCAAUGGGAACCUUCCCAGGUGACUUUCAGAACAAUAGUUUGAAAAACAGCUGCUUGGGGCAACUGGUUCUUAGAGGGUCAUGGAUUGGCUUCUUCAAAAGAUAUCUUUCUCUUCCUGACUGAUGAAGGGAAGAGUUAGAAAAAAGCAAUGUUUGCUGAUUUUUGAGGAAAUAACCAAAGCAAGGUAAAGCUUUUCUCCCACCUUGCAUUGGCAAAACUACCUCUUUAGCGUUUUUGUUAGACGUUUGAGUCAAAAGCAUCUUACCAGUAAAUGUAACUGUCAUAUACAUCACAGUGGAAAUACUGUCCCUAGGAGAUAAUAAGCCAUAUGUGAAUGUAGUAUACAACUGCAGGGCUGGCAUUUAGUCCUGAAGUGUUCACCUCUUUCAUGUCUAUUUACAGUGUAUUCCUAUUGACUGAGUGGGGAGGGCUCUGCUUUAUAGAGUGCUUCAUUGUUAAGUCAGCACCUGUUCUGUUUCUGGGAUGUUCUUUUUGUGCAUUAAAAAAUUUCAAAAUUA